AUGACUUCACUAAAAAACCUUUUGGAGUCUGUCUCGCAGGAAGAGCAAUUGCAAGGACAGCUUCUGCUUGUUGGUGGUGAAGCAGCAGAUCACAUCCGGUUUCUGAAUGCUUUUGGAAUCAGAGACGUCAGUAUUACACCGUACGGAUUCCAUUUUGCAGAACACGCAGAUGUUCACCUUUCUGUCCACUCUUUUGCUGGCGACUACGCUACGGUGUACCAACCAGUACUUGACAAACUUCUUUCUGGCUCGCUUGUGGUCUACAUUCUCGACGCGCUGGAGCUGCUAAAGGAAGAGCUAACGCAAGAAUCGAUAUUCAAGCGUGUUUCUGCAUCUCUCAAGCCUUGGAUUAACGCCUGCUCGAAGGCCUCCAGGUGCUCUAUACAAGUUCAUAACGUGUCUCGUGUUGAUUACAACGUCAAAAGCAUCGCCAUGAUUGACUAUCUACAGCAGUUAUUGCGAUUGAUCAUGAUGGAUCAAAACGGCUCUGUGCUGUUCUUUCAGGACACGGAUACGCCUGAGGACAUUGUCCAGCUACUGAAAAGCUCAGCAGAAUUACGGAUCAAAGAUUACGAUAACGUGUUCGUGCCCAGUGGAAGCGAUAGCUAUGGGAAGAUCAAGCUACUGAAUGAAGAUUUCGAUUGCGAGGGAACACUCCAAAAUUGGAAUAGAAUAGAAGUGGUUACCAAAGAAGUGCCUGCCAACGCAACACCGACCAAGACAGAGGACUUGAGGCAGAAGUACCAGGACUUCCUUAGACAGAUCCAUUUGGCUGUGUAA